AUGAACCCAAAGAUUUCGGAUUUCGGAUCAGCUGUAACUCUGAAUUCAGAUGCAUCAGAAGGGCAUACAAGUAGGGUUGUGAGAACUUGUGGUUACAAAGCUCCAGAGUAUGCAUCUCGAGGCAUUUAUUCAGUCAAGACUGAUGUUUUUAGCUUCGGGGUGUUCGCUUUAGCGGUCAUCAGUGGGCGAAAUAUCAUACUGGAGCAUCAAGGAGACACUGUUGGUAACCUCGUAAGAGAUGUAACGCAGUACGCUCAGGUGGCACUACUCUGCACUCAGGAAGAUCCAGCAGAUCGCCCCACUAUGUCAGACGUUACUGCACUCCUAAACUUUGAAAGCAUAAGCCUAUUGCCCGAUCCUAAGCAGCCGCCUGAGCUGAUUAAUGGUGGUGCUACUGGCGAUAAAUUAUCGACGUAUGUUAAUCAGUCAAGUAGAACCAUAAACAUAACCAUCACAAGCUCAGCUCCAGUAUCAACUAGGGUCUGCAUCAUUGUGGAGACAGAGACUUGA